CACAGAGAGAGCUCAUUUGUGAUCAGAGCAGUUUAUUGGACCUCAUGUCACUUUGGGUGGAGCUAAACACAGAAAAGUAUUUAAUGUUGAAGACCAGAGAAAAGAGGUACUGGUGACAAUGGCUCUUCAAGGGUUUGCAUGGGGGAUCACUGUGAUGAUCGCACUCUUCUUCAAAGGAGGUGACUCACAACUCGCCUGUGCCAGCCCUCCCAUCAACAGCAGGAUCAUCGGAGGGCAAGAUGCAUCUCCAGGAAGAUGGCCCUGGCAUGUUGCUUUUACCUUUGGCAACAGCUUCCUCUUCUGUCAGGGAUCUCUGAUCACCGAAGAGUGGGUGCUGACAGCUGCUCAAUGCGAACGCACUCCCUCUAUUGUAGUUUUGCACUUUGGAAUUGGUGAAGUGACUCGGGGAAUUGACAGCUUUCACUGCCACCCAAACCACACCUACUAUGGUGGAAACAUCUGCCUUGUGAAGCUGUCUGCUCCAGUCAACUUCACUGACUACAUCCGACCAGUGUGCUUGGCUGCAGAAAACAGCACUUUCUACGAUGGAACCAGCAGCUGGGUCACUGGUUUCAGUGACAACUUGAUAUCCUACCCUUUACAGGAAAUCGAUGUAUCAGUACUUGGGAACAGAAAAUGCAACUGCAGCUACAACUACAUCUACAUCUACAACUACAUCUACAACUAUCCAAUAACAGAGGACCUGAUGUGUGCUGGAAGUGAAAAUGGUUCAAAGACAGAAUCUUCUGGAGAUGAAGGCGCAGCUCUAGUAACCAAGAAAGACUCCAUCUGGGUCCAGAGUGGGAUUGUGAGUCUUACCUGGCCGAAUCUACCUACUAUCUAUACUCGUGUGUCCCAGUACCAGAAAUGGAUCACCGACACAGUCACUGGCAUGGACCCAGGUUUUGUUACCUACACCUCCCCAGGCAUUGACAGAGACUUGAACUACACCUGUCCUCCACCACCAACUACCACCCAGCGCCCCGACUUUACCAGUCAGCGCCCCGACUUUACCACCCAGCGCCCCGACUUUACCACCCAGCGCCCCGACUUUACCACCCAGCGCCCCGACUUUACCACCCAGCGCCCCGACUUUACCACCCAUCACCCCGACUUUACCACCCAGCGCCCCGACUUUACCACCCAGCGCCCCGACUUUACCACCCAGCACUCUACCACUGACGACAGCAUAUUUGGCAGUGGUGAAACUCUGAUUCCCGUCGCUCGAGUCUUCCCUCUCUCUGCUCUUGUUCUGUUUGUCCAUCUGUUUGUUGGUGGUGCUGGAAACUAAAUCAUAGCUUUGACUCAUUCUGCAUUCUAGUUCAUAACCAACACCAACUCUCUAUUCAUUAGAAUCAAAAUGUUGAUAUUUUUACUCUGAUUUAGUUUUAUUUCACAAAUUAAGAUUUCUACAAAGCAAAUGAAGGAUGUAAUAAGUUUAUCUGGUAAUUAGUUUAACAAACCUCUCAUAAAAUUCAAAUUGUUUAUUUUUUUUUCUGUCCUUUACAUUGUGUUGACUGUAUUUUCUUAACUGUAAAUGCCAAUUAAAUCUCGAGUGUUUAACAGACAACAGGUUUGGGAUUUUUAGCAGAUAAUCACACUGUUAUUUUAUUAAAUAUGAAACAAACAAACUGUGAUUAGUAAUAAACUGUGAUUAAAAUCAUUCAAAACUAUA